ACCUUGUUUGACUAGCAAUGGGGAAGGAACAAGGAACCCUUGUUUGGAUUACCACAUAAACCCCUUUCAUUGUGAGUAUCUAUUGUUUCCUCAACCAUUUACAGAUUAGCUCCCUGGACACCACAACCUCUGUUUCAAGGGCCGCAGAGUUCUCAAGGCAUGGCCAGGUACCCCAUCUUGUAUUUCAUCCUACUGAAUGUGUUGAUCAAUAAGAGCCAAGCCUGCUUCUGUGAUCACUAUCCAUGGACUCAGUGGUCCAGCUGCUCAAAAACCUGCAAUUCUGGAACUCAGAGCAGACAGAGACAAAUAGUAGUAGAUCAGUACUACAGGGAUAACUCUUGUGAUCAGCUUUGCACCAAGUGGGAGAGCAGAGAAUGUAACUGGCAAACGUGUCCUAUCAACUGCCUCUUGGGAGAUUAUGGACCCUGGUCAGACUGUGACCCUUGUGUUGAAAAACAGUUUAAGGUUAGAUCUGUCUUGCGCCCUAGUCAGUUUGGGGGACAACCAUGUACAGAGCCUCUGGUGACAUUUCAACCAUGCAUUCCAUCCAAGCUCUGCAAAAUCGAAGAGGUUGAUUGCAAGAAUAAAUUCCGCUGUGACACUGGCCGCUGCAUUGCCAGCAAGUUGGAAUGCAAUGGAGAAAAUGACUGCGGAGACAAUUCGGAUGAAAGGGAUUGUGGGAGAACAAAGGCAGUAUGCCAAUGGAAGCAGCCUAUCCCUAGUGUACAGCUAAUGGGCACUGGGUUUCAUUUUCUGGCAGGAGAGUCCAGAGGAGAAGUCCUUGAUAACUCUUUCACUGGAGGAGUAUGUAAAACUGUCAGAAGCAGUAGAGCAAGUAAUCCGUAUCGUGUCCCAGCCAAUCUGGAACAUGUCAACUUUGAGGUAGAAACUGAAGAAGAUGAUUUGGAAACGGAAUUCUACAAUGAUUUAAUUGAUCUUGGAAAGGAUGAGAAUAAACAAGCUUCAGUUUUGGGCAAUCAGGAGAACUCUGUGAAUGUACCAAUUUUCUUUUCCUCAAAGAAAACACAAAGAGUCACCCAAAAUUCUGCCUUCAAACAAGCCAUUGAAGCUUCCCACAAAAAGGCUUCUAGUUUUAUUAGGAUCCAUAAAGUGAUAAAAGCUUUGAACUUCACAAUGAAAACUAAAGAUCUGCAGCUUUCUGAUGUCUUUUUGAAAGCACUUAACCAUCUGCCUCUGGAAUACAACUCUGCUUUGUAUAGCCGGAUAUUUGAUGACUUUGGGACCCACUAUUUCACCUCUGGCUCUCUAGGGGGCGUGUAUGACCUCCUCUAUCAGUAUAGCAGCGAGGAACUCAAAAACUCAGGUUUAACAGAGGAAGAAUCCCGAAACUGUGUCCGGAUUGAAACAAAGAAACGCUACGUUUUUUUUAAGAAAAAAAAAGUGGAACACCGGUGCAAAAUAAACAAACUGUCAGAGAAAUAUGAAGGGUCGUUUUUGCAGGGAGCAGAGAAAUCCAUAUCCUUGGUGCAUGGAGGGAGGAGUGAGUAUGCAGCAGCUUUGGCUUGGGAGAAAGGGAGUUCUGAGCCAGAAGAGAAGGUCCUCACUGAUUGGUUAGAGUCAGUGAAGGAAAACCCUGUUGUGAUUAAUUUCAAGCUUGCUCCCAUCAUGGACUUGGUAAGAAACAUCCCCUGUGCAGUGACAAAAAGGAAUAACCUCAGGAAAGCUUUUCGAGAAUAUGCAGCCAAGUUUGACCCUUGCAAGUGUGCUCCAUGCCCUAAUAAUGGCCGGCCCGUGCUCUCAGGGACCGAGUGUCUGUGUCUGUGCCAGAGCAGCACCUAUGGCGAGAACUGUGAGAAACGGUCCCCAGACUAUAAAUCCAAUGCAGUAGAUGGGAACUGGGGUUGCUGGUCUCCCUGGACUGCGUGUGAUGCUACUUAUAGGAGAUCAAGAAUCCGAGAAUGCAAUAACCCUGCUCCCCAACUAGGAGGGAAACCCUGUGUUGGGAAGAAAAGGCAAGAGGAGGACUGCACAUUUUCAAUUAUGCAAAACAAUGGACAACCAUGUAUCAGCGAUGAUGAAGAAAUAAGAGAGAUAGAUCUUUCUGAGAUAGAAUCAGAUUCAGGGUGUCUUCGGCCUGUUCCUCCAGAAAAUGGAUUUAUCAGGAAUGAGAAGAAACUAUACUCGGUUGGGGAAAUAAUUGAAAUUUCGUGCCUUACUGGAUUCAAAGCUGUUGGAUACCAGUACUUCCGAUGCCUACCAGACAGGACCUGGAGACAAGGAGAUGUUCAAUGCCAACGGACAGGAUGCCACAAGCCAGUUGUGCAGGAAGGCCUGACGAUCUCACCAUUUCAGAGAUUAUACAAAAUUGGUGACUCCAUUGAGCUAACCUGUCCCAAAGGCCUUGUGGUUGCUGGGCCAUCAAUGUACACGUGUAUGGGGGAUUCCUGGACACCAGCCAUUCCAGACUCACUCACCUGUGAAAAAGAUUUUCUGACAAAAUUAAAGGGCCAUUGUCACCCAGGACAAAAACAGUCAGGAUCUGAAUGCAUUUGCUUGUCUCCAGAAGAAGACUGUAGCCAUUAUUCAGAAGAACUCUGUGUGUUUGAUACAGACUCUGACCGUUACUUUACUUCAUCUGCUUGUGAGGUUUUGGCUGAAAAAUGUUUGAAAAAUCAGCAACUCCAUUUUCUACAUAAUGGUCCUUGCCAAGAUGGUCUACAGUUAGAAUGGGGUCUUGAAAGAACAAAGCUUUCAUCAAAUAGCACAAAGAAAGAAUCUUGUGGCUAUGAUACCUGCUAUGAUUGGGAAAAAUGUUCAGCCUCCACUUCCAAAUGUGUCUGCCUGUUGCCCUACCAGUGCUUCAAGGGUGGAAACCAACUCUACUGUGUCAAAAUGGGAUCAUCAAUGAGUGAGAAAACUGUGAAUAUCUGUGAAGUGGGAGCUGUAAAAUGUGCCAAAAGGAAGAUGGAAGUACUGCAUCCUGGGAGGUGUUUGGCCUGAGAUGAUUUCUGAUAAAACAGAUUUAUUACCCAAAUAUAAUCCCUACAAAAGGGUAUUCUUGUACAAACAGCAGACUGAUGCACCCGGGUGUUACUGACAGGGAUUCUUCUGCAUUAGUUUCAUAUAGUUAUUCUCCCCUGACUUUCCUGUCUUGCCCUCCCCUAUCCAAUUCCAGCCCAUUUCUCCCUGUAGUAUACCCCUGAGUAAUAACUUUCAUAUCAGUAUAGUAAAUUCUCUUGUUCGCUAAUUAGUCCAUUGCACUAAAAUGUUGGGUUUUCUGCAGACCUUAUGAAUUCUGUGGUAUUAAGAAUUCCUCACUAUUAGAAAUAAGAACAAACACCAUAAUUUCAUAAUUCCAGUAAAUCAAUGAACGUAAAAAUCUACAGCAGCAUGUAAAACACAUUCUAGAAAACCAACUUCAUAUAUUCAUUCAACAAAUAAUUUCUGAGUGUCUACAAUGUGUCAAGUUUUGUUCAAGGUUUUGGGGAAUCAGCAAUGAAUAAAACAGACAAAGGCCUUGCCUUCC